AGGAAGAGUUGAGAACGGAAAGGGGAAGUCACGUUCCAUGGUGACCAGAGAGCUCUUAUAGUCAGUGUAUCCUGGCUGAGGUCAGAGACUACUGCGGAAAGUCCAGAGACCUGGAGCCAUCCCCAGCCUGAAAAGAGGGACAAAAAGACAUGGUCUGGAGACUGAUUCCACUUCUGCUGCUGUUAGCCUGGACAGCGUCCAUGUGCAGUGCCCGAGCCAGGGUGGACCUGCUCAACGUCUGCAUGGACGCCAAGCACCACAAGGCAAAGCCAGGCCCCGAGGACAAGCUGCAUGGCCAGUGCACUCCCUGGAAGGAGAAGGCCUGCUGCUCAGUCAGCACCAGCCAGGAGCUGCACAAGGACACCUCCCUCCUGUACAACUUCACCUGGGAGCACUGCGGCAAGAUGGAGCCUGCCUGCAAGCGCCACUUUAUCCAGGACAACUGUCUCUAUGAGUGCUCCCCCAACCUGGGGCCCUGGAUCCAGGAGGUGAACCAGAGCUGGCGCAAGGAGCGCUUCCUGCAUGUGCCUCUGUGCAAAGAGGACUGCCAGCAAUGGUGGGAGGACUGCCGCACCUCCUACACCUGCAAGAGCAACUGGCAGCGGGGCUGGAACUGGACCUCAGGAAUUAACAAGUGUCCAGCCGGGACCACCUGCCGUACCUUUGAGACCUACUUUCCCACACCCGCAGCCCUGUGUGAGGGCCUCUGGAGCAAGUCCUACCAGGCCAGCAACUACAGCCGAGGAAGUGGCCGCUGCAUCCAGAUGUGGUUCGACCCAGCCCAGGGCAACCCCAAUGAGGAGGUGGCGAGGUUCUAUGCCAUGGCCAUGAGUGCUGGGGCCCUGCCCCAAGGGGUGGAGCCUCUUCUGCUCAGCCUGGCCCUGAUGCUGCAGUUUGGGCUCUUGGGCUGAGUCUAGCCCUACCCAGACAUCAUGUCUGCGUGUCCCAAGUUUCGAUGACCAAGCUGGGCUCACAAAUGGAGGAACCCUAAGUGUGCUUCCAUCCAUUAUCCAUCCUUCAGUCAUCCCAUUCCUGCUCCAGGUGGGCCUUGGGGUUUGUCUGGCAGUCAGCUCAAAUAAAAAGACUGACACAUCCGUGUCAGAUGAAUUAUU